GUACGGUACGGUACGGUACGGUACGCUUUUUUUUUUUGGGGGGUACGGUACGGUAACGGUACGGUACGCUUUUUCUUUUUUUGGGUACGGUACGGUACGCCAUAAUCCUUAUCACUAUGACUGAUUCUUUUCAUUUGAAAGCAAAUGACGAGCUCAUUAAUGAUUACUCUCUCCCAAGAAAGUUUGUUCCAGGGACGGAUUUAAUAAGCAAAGCUGUUCUUACCAAUGACGAAGUCAUCAAUAUUUUAUGCAAAAGUGUCAACAAUAGCCCACAGGAUCAUUACAUGGCUGCCCCAAGUGAAUUCUUGGACAAGAGUGCCUGUGACGUUUUAUACCUCCCAAAAAUGACCCUUAGUGAAUAUUCACCAAUAAUAGUAGAAGUCCAAAAAGUUGUGAAUGAAAAAUACAUGUCUCGCGCAACACGCUACUCCACGUUGGUUUACGAGAAGUAUAAUAAAUACCCAAUUGUUUUAAUAAUUGGCGUGUCCGCAGUAACCACACCAGUAGCCAGCAAAUUAACUACGGCGAUAGACUACCCGUACUGCCUAGAAGUACCAUGUCUCUUCUGGGCUAAACGCUGUUUAAUAAUGUCUUCUAUAACAUUAUCAAAGAUUGAUCGGGCUGAGCAACUUGCUUCGCUGGCAGCUAUUGGUAUUUUUUUAUGUUCACAAAAAGUGUCGAUAGCCCACCUUGACUACGCCUCUGAUAAUUCUACUAUGCAGCUCUUAUACAAGGUAGCAAGAAUAUAUGUUGAGCAAUUAGCUGGAGAAGAAGCAGAAAAAGCAGAGGCUAUUAAUGCAAUUUGUGAUAAUACGGCAAACCAAAUUGAAAAAAUUAAAAGGCACAUGCAACAAGGGGAUGAAACUGCAAUUGAAAAAGCAAUGCUAUACUUAGAUGAUACCGUUGACUAUCUUAAAAGACAAAAAAGAAAAUAUACAGCAGGAAGGGAGACAACACCUAUUCCCGACACUCCCCCUAUCAAAUAUUUGAAGUCAACACAAUCAAAUCGAACCGCAUACAACAACUUCAGUGAACUUAAUGAUUAUAUAAAACGAUUCCGAAGUGAAAAGACAGGAAGAAUCAGCUGGGUAGAAUGCUUUAAGCAAGGUCACGAAGAAAAGAAAGCAGUAAUCAUGGAGUAUAAAACAACUGAAAGUCUCAGAGGAUACUACAAUAAACAUAUCAAGUCUUUUACCAACAGUACCAUACCCUCUACUUCUAUUAAUACCAUGCCCUCUAUCUCUACUAUUAGCACUAUGCCCUCUGCUCCUACCAAUACCAACACUUGUGAAACGCUUCAAAAGUAAUCAUUUAUGAACAAAUCAUUUAUUUAACAAUAAAAUCUUUUUAUGACACUUAGUAGCC